UCCAAUCCACUUUCGAUUUCCUGGUCACUUUAUAUCUACAAUUCAACUCCACUAUUCUUAUUCCAACUCCAAAAUGAAGUUCUUGAGUGGACUUUCUCUCGCCCUGGGCCUCUUGACCAGCGGCGUGACGGCUUUACCUCCCGUUGAGACUGUGACAGUUCAACUCGCCAAUGACCAGUCUGGUGCCAACGCCAAUGUCAAAAUCCCAACUGACAACUCUCCCCACCCCAUCCAAGCCCUCUGGGGCCAUACUGCUGUGGCUGCAGGAGGUACUGUUUCCGCCUCGAGCGCCCAGCUCAAUCAGUUCGAUCAGGAUACUGUGUGCAAGAUUGUCCAGGCGCACCCGCAUGUCGACGCAACUUUGAAUUCGAAACAGACUUGGGUCUCACUGGCCGAUGGUAAAGUGGUGAAGUUGAACCAUGGAUUUAUUGUCUGUCACUAGAUAUUGGAAACUGUUUUUUUUUUUUUUUUUUAUGUGGGCCUGUGACAAUGGAGGCAGCUUGGAUUCCGUGAAAAUAUGUAAUAAUUUGGGCAUUUGAAUUCUCUGUUAGGUAUAUGUUAAAACCACAUAAUAAUAAUAUGUUGUAUAUCCCUGCUAGUCAAUUUUUA